CCAAAUUUCUUCACAAAAAUUCAAAGACUAGAACAAAACCAUGGCAUUUCCCUGCACUACUCUUCCCCGCACUUCCAUCUCCUCUCUGCUGGCAAUGCUUCUGCUUGUUGCUUCUCUUCUGCCUGCAGCCUUUGCCCAAGAUCCUCCCACUCCAGGCCCAUUCAUAGCCGACUGCAGCACCCACCUCCUAGCACUCAUGCCAUGUGGUCCAUUUGUCCAAGGGACAGCCAAGAAGCCAGUAGAGUCGUGCUGCAACAGCCUCAACCAGCUCUUCAGCCUGCAGCCUGGUUGCCUCUGUCUCCUGCUCAACAACACAACCUUGAGCACAAUUCCACUGAACAGGACACUUGCUUUGCAGCUACCUGCUCUUUGCAAACUCCAAGCCAACAUCUCUUCUUGCUCAGGCGAAUCUCUGCCUCCCAGUUCAUCAUCUGGUUCUCAAGUUUCCCUUGGGACAACAAACAACUCCACUGUUGCUUCUACUGCCGUGCCAUCCUCUUUUGUUCCACCAGCAACAAGUCCCACUAAUGUCCUCGGGUCAGGGGCUCACAGAAACACUGUUGCAAAGCAGAAAGCAACAGGCCAUUUAACGACUGUGGCUGUUGUAGCAAUUCUGCUCAGGAAGUUGAUCUAUUGAGUCUAUUCACUGCUAUAUUAUGCUUAUUCCUAAGUUUGUCUAUGCUAUAUUUCCAAAUUUACAGUAUUUAGAAUUAGGGUCUGUUGACGGUGUUUAUCAUUCAGUAAAUUGAUUUUAACUGGUAUAGUAACAUGUAAUCCUUAGGUAACUUCUUGUUGAUUGAAUUGGAACAAUAUAUCUACUUAUAUGUUGCCUCUGAAUAAAUAUGGGCAUUUCUU